CAGGUGCAGAGGUUCAGCCUCUGGAGCACCCUCCACUCAGUGAGUGCUGCACAGAGGACUGAGAGGAGUGACGACCCCAGAGGUCCAGAGUGUGACAUGAGAAGGCCCUCCAUUGAUCAAGCAUUGCAGCAUGCUGGAGUCACUUCAGGGAUGUAAGUGAUGGAGACUCAUGUGUGAAGGCCCAUGGGUGCUGCGGGGUUACACUGGUACAUGUUUUUCACUUAAUGGCCUUGAUUAACACCUGGAAAGAAAGUCAGUUACCAUGGGCGUCUCACCUGUGGAAUUAAUUAUCCCUGCAAAGAUAGAGGAUGGCACACCUCGCUUCCUCUCACUUCCUAAUAAACAAGCUGUGCCACCGCGUCUCGCCACAUUUAAACAGGACUCUAACCAGAAAGCCGCAGAGUUCUCCUCGUUCCAGCAGAAUGCCGAGCCAGCUCGAGGGUGCGAUGGAUGCACUGAUAUCAGUUUUCUACAACUACUCCGGGAACGAUGGAGACAAAUACAAACUCAACAAGGGCGAGCUGAAGGACCUGUUGACCAGUGAGCUCACUGACUUCCUCACGUCUCAGAAGGAUCCGAUGCUGGUGGAGAAAAUCAUGAACGACCUGGACUCGAACAAAGACAACGAGGUGGAUUUCAACGAGUUUGUGGUGCUGGUGGCCGCCCUCACUGUCGCCUGCAACGACUUCUUCCAAGAGCAGAAGAAGAAAACCAAGUAGAUGUCUGUUAAAUAUGCUGUAAACCACCUGUAAAUCAAAACAUGUCAAACACACUUUAAAACGCACUCUUUGUCCUUCCUGUUUGUUUUUUGUAUUAGCGUCUGUCUUUGUAUAGAGUCUGUAGCUGCAGUGAACUACUGACACAUAUAUUAAAUAUGGAAUCUGAAAAAUG